GGUGGUACUUGUAGUUUAAGAAGAUUUGGAAGGAGAGAUGAAGCUGGCAGCGUAGGAGGAUGCUGAGGAGGAAGCCUAGCAAGAUCGAAGUGAAGGCGGAGGACAAGGAAGAGAUCGAAGAAGCCCGCCGCAAUCGCGCCGCCACCUCCAGUCCACGCCCCGACCCCAACACCAACCCCCUCCGCAAAUUCCUCGACCCCUCCCCACUCGACGCCGCCGCCAAAGCCCAGCGAAUCGGCCUCCACCAGCCCUAACCCUAGCCCUCGCCAUGGAGGUCGAGGUCAAGCUCCGCCUCCCUGACGCCGACGUCCACCAGCGCCUCUCCGAUGCCCUCGCCCCCUACCACCUCCUCACCCACCUCCAAGAGAAUCUCUUCUUCGACGGCGCCGCCGGCGAACUCUCCUCCCGCUUCGCGGUCCUCCGCAUCCGCUUCUACGACGCUGACGCCCGGUGCGUUAUCUCCCUCAAGGCCAAGGCCAGCCUCGUCGGUGGAGUUAGCCGCGUUGAGGAGGACGAGGAGGACAUCGACCCAGCCCUCGGGCGCGCCUGCGCUGCCGACCCGUUGCGGCUCGCCGACGCGGCGGCCUCCUCUCGGAUCAUGAGGAGGGUGCUCAAGGAGUUCGGAUCGGAUGGAAAGAUGCGAUCUUUUGUGUGUUUGGGAGGGUUUCGGAACGUCAGGGCGGUCUACGCGUGGAAGGAGGGGCUGACGCUUGAGCUUGAUGAGACGCGGUAUGAUUUCGGAACUAGCUACGAACUGGAAUGCGAGACGACUGACCCAGAGAAGGCCAAGGAGUUGCUGGAGAGUUUCUUGAAGGAGAAUGGGAUCCCUUACGCUUACUCUGAAGCAUCCAAGUUUGCAGUUUUCCGUGCCGGGAAGCUUUUACCAUGAGUUCAGAGUUGCAUGAAACUGAUUUCACGAGAUGUCGCACUGAAAUGCUUGGAUGGAAACAAGUUAAUCUGCGGAUUCAAUCAUACAUUGCAUUUAUGGGUCUGUAUCUUAAUGUAAACAGAUCAUUUUAAUGCAAUCAAACCCUAGAACACAUGCAAGUUGAUGAUAAGGAUGAAGUGAACUUUUAAUUGUUUUUGCAGUGUACUAUUUCGGACAUUAAUAGUCGUAUGCCCCAUUAUUCUGAUUGGCACGUUGAUUGUGAAGGAGUAUUUGUUUUUUGGACAAUAUUUUCGUCAAUUAUUCCUGAGAGUUGAACUCUGGAUGGCUCCAGCUCUCCCCCUCUUGGUUCA